GUCUACAUAACCCAGUAGCAACUAGUUAUAUCCUAUAGUUCAUUCUGCUCCUUUCAUUCACGUCUAUUCAAUCUAACUUUCCUUCCUCAUACCAACCCUUAACACAGCUAAACUUCAACUUUAUUCACCUCAAUGGCACCAAAUUCUGCAAUGCCAGAUGAACAGGUAAGCCCAGAAUCAUGCCUCCAAUCUUUGCUUUUGAUGGAUCAGUUUCAUUCUCUUCUGGCAUGCUCGUCCUUUCUUGUUGUUGUUGUUGGUUUUGAUGUUAAGGUUGUCGUUGGAGAGGAGAUAGAUCAUGUAAGAGUGGUCACAUUGAACAGGCCGAAACAGUUGAAUGCCAUCUCACCAGAACUGGUUUCUCUGCUAGCAACGUAUUUGGAAAAGUGGGAGAAAGAUGAAAAUGCAGAGCUAGUUAUCAUAAAGGGAACUGGUCGUGCUUUUUGUGCUGGAGGGGAUCUGAGAGUGUUCUAUGAUGGCAGAAAAACAAAGGAUGCUUGUCUUGAAGUUGUCUACAGAUAUUACUGGCUAUGCUACCACAUUAGUACCUACAAGAAAACCCAGGUUGCUCUUGUUCAUGGAAUUUCAAUGGGUGGAGGUGCAGCUUUGAUGGUCCCUUUGAAGUUUUCAGUAGUAACAGAAAAGACUGUUUUUGCCACUCCUGAGGCAAGUUUUGGUUUUCAUACUGAUUGUGGCUUCUCAUACUACCACUCUCGUUUACCAGGGCAUUUGGGUGAAUACUUGGCACUUACUGGAGGAAGGUUGAGUGGGAAGGAAAUAGUUGCAGCUGGACUGGCAACUCAUUUUGUUCUUUCUGAGAAAAUUGGUGAGUUGGAGAAGCGCUUGAUUAGCUUGAAUUCUGGUGAUGAGAAUGCCAUAAGAUCAGUGCUUGAAGAAUUUUCUUCAGAAGUUAUUCUUGAUGAAGAGAGUAUCUUAAACAAGCAGUCAACAAUUAAUGAGUGCUUCUCAAAGGAUUCUGUGGAAGAAAUUAUAAAAUCAUUGGAAGUUGAAGCAAACAAAGAAGGAAAUCGAUGGAUCGGUGCAGUUGUGAAAGGAAUGAAAAGAUCAUCACCAACUGCAUUGAAAAUAACAUUAAAAUCGGUUCGUGAAGGGAGGAGUCAAACACUAGCUCAAUGCUUAAAAAAGGAUUUCAGAUUAACAAUGAACAUACUUCGAACUACAAUAUCUGAGGAUAUGUAUGAGGGUAUUAGAGCUCUUACCAUUGACAAGGAUAAUUCUCCUAAGUGGGAACCUCCAUCGCUUGACAAAGUAGAAGAUGAAAAGUUGGAGUUGAUCUUUCAGCCAUUUGAGCAGAAUUUGGAGUUGCAUAUUCCAGAAAGUGAGGAAAGCAGGUGGGAUGGUAAAUACGAGAAUUCAGCUUAUGCUGUUCCAAAUUGAGAAAAAUUCCUAUCACUUAUUAAAUGCUGCUUCUUUUAGAGUUCCUCCAACAUUAUGUCAUGAAUCAAUAAAUUUCUAGAGAUGAAAAAAGUUCAUGCAAAGUUUGCUGUCACUAUUUUGAGGAAAGAAAUAUGAACAUUGAGAUGGUACAAGUAUAGAUGAAUUGUGAUGUGAGAGUAUAAUGCUAUGCGUAUUUAUUUCAACAAAGUUUACCUUCCAGUUUAUGAAUGGUUAAUGUGCUUAGUUAUUUAUUUUUAAA